UCUAAAGAAACGUUUGAAGCCAAAAUUGAAGGCUUAAAAGAGUCUUUAAAGACAAACAAAUCAUUAGUAAAUGUGUUUGUCAAAGAAGAGUUCUAUCAUCGAGUGAAUAAUUAUCUCAAAGUAGUCACUGAACAAGAGCUUGAUAUUCCACCUUUGAUCAAAACACAGGAGCUUUCAAAGGCAGAAAUCGACACCAUCAAACGAAAAAAGUGGAAAUAUGCAAAUGGCAAGUUAUUAACCUCAGAAGGGAAAGAAGUUGCACAUAAAGGAAUGCUCUUCGUUAUGCUUUCUAAAUGCCAUAAUAGAAUUGCUCACAGAGGACGACAAAAAACUGAGAAAUGGAUUGCUGAGAAUUAUUCCAAAGUAACACAGAAAGUUAAAUUGCCCAUGUGAAUGUGAAUCAAAGCACAAGUGGACUGUACAUAUUAUUGAUCACCACACAAAGUUUGUUAAUGUUCACCCCAUCCAUAACAAACUUGCUGCUGAAGUACUGAAUGAAGUACUGAAUGAAGUUCAAAAGUACUGUUUAACUUAAGGCUACCCCAAAAAAAUUUUAACAGAUAAUGGAGGUGAAUUUGAAAACAAUAAAAUGAAAGCAUUUUGUAGCACUAAUCAGAUCCAACUUCUCCAUGGAGCAGCCAGGACUCCGACAACUCAAGGGCUAGUGGAACGGUCAAAUCGUACAUUCAAAGAAAACAUGAGAAGCUUGAUAAUGAGCACAUGUGGUCUCCAAAUUUCCAAAUGGUGCAAGUACACAAUGCAAGUAUCCUACAACAGGAACAUUACUUAUCAUCGUACUAUCAACAUGACACCAUAUGAAGCAGUGUUUCACAUGAGGGCCAAAAGGGAACUGUUAGACCAUGAUCUUCAAGAAGACCCAGGAAAGCAGAAAAGAAGAAAAAUUCGAGAAGCACAGGAAAGCUACAAUACCAAAAUGAUAAAACAGCCUGAAGUAAAUCCAAGAAAGAAAGUGUACAAAGUUCAUGACAUGGUUUCAAUUAAAAUAUUAGAUAGAGUGGACAAGAAAUCUCCUUUCCACCCAAUUUUACUUCUGGGAAAAGUGCUUGAAAUUGAAAAUAAUUAUGUGAAAGUGGUGACACCUUUUAGUUGCAUUAAGGGAUUGAUUGCCCCUUCCAGACUUUUCGGAUGUACAGCAACAAAUGUAAAACUUGAUUAUGAAAAAGAAAUUCCUUUCACUGGUGCAUGUAAAUUGACCGAAAAUGCUCAAUAAUAACUUCAAUGUUUUCUUGACUUUGUUAGUUAAAUGGUAGAUUAAUUGUAAAUAUUCUAUUUUGUUGUGCUGCAAGUAAAAUAUUUUACAGGAGUGUCAA